AGGUUAUAAUCCUUGUGCGUCCCCUACCUCCUAGAAACCUCCAGGCCGAGACCCUUUUAAGUAAAUUUUGACUCUGAUUGGUCCCGAGCCUCCCCUCCAAUAAGCUGUCAGAGAAUUGGACCUCCCCUCCAAUUCCCUAAUUGGUGAAAUGAAAAUAUGGAAGACAGCGAUUGGCUAUGCGCUUAUUAGCCAAUGAGAACGAGCGGCAUUGAUGUGUGCCUGAGAGAAGGGGGAGUAGUGCUGUGAGGUAAAGUAGGCCAGAGAUCAACGAGGCUCGGGUCCUUUCGUUCCCCUUAGCAAGCACCCGCCUAUCCAUGGGGCUGUUGAGCGAAGUGACGCGGGGCCUGGUGCGCGGCGCAGACCGCACGGCCGCCUGGACGAGCAAGCGGGGCCCGCGAACUUUCAACAAGAGCCGCGGCGCGCACCGCUUGGGCACCCUAACGUGCAGCCGGAAAUUUAAGCUGGUGCCGGAGAAGGUGCCGCGCCUGAUGGUGCCGGACCUGAGCGGCUUCAAGUUGAAGCCUUACGUUUCCUACCGGGCCCCCGCCGGCAGCGAGCAGCCCCUCACGGCCCGCGCCCUCUUCCAACAGACGGUCGCCUCCAAGAUCGAGAAGGACGUCAAGGCCGGUACCUUCAGCCUGCAGCAGCUGGAGAAGUACGGCUUCGAGCCGACCCAGGAAGGCAAACUCUUUCAGCUCUUCCCCAAGAACUUCGUGCGCUAGGACGUCGUUGCAAGUGGAAGGGAAGCUGGUGUGGAGAGAGGAGGAGGCGGGGAACUUCCACACAUUUAUUAAGCAACAAAAAAUUUAAGAAAAGUU